UCAUAUUUGCCAUAAUCCAUACUACACCCAUACUACACAUGCUACCUCCCCGGAUACAUCAAUACAUUCCCAUCCCCCAUACGUCCCCAUACAUCCGCUCUCCCCAUCCCAUACCUAUUUAGUCCCUGCUCGACCCCGCGGUGCCCAGUGUGGGCAGCAGAAAGAUUUACGGAAUCUGAAUGGCCGGGUUACAGCGCACUGGAGAGAUCACAAGACACGGGGUACGCACCAGGGAAAAAGGAAAAGGCUGAGGAUGUCCAACGUAGACGUGGUACAGCGCACAGCCGCUGCUGCGGCACUCCCCUCACCACUACCUCCAUUCGAGAGCGCUAUGGCUGCCGCUGCUGCUACCGCAACCGCAACGGCCGCUGGCCCUGCGACGAAACCCCAAACUUCCCACUCCUCAUCUUCCACGUCGAUAGGGAUAGCAGCAGGAUCGACGACAACCACGAAUACGGCGAUAACGACACCAAUUAAUCAUAAUAAUUCCUCUUUAGCAGCCAUUUUACCACCGCCGCCGACAACGCCGCAGAUCGGAGUUAUAGGGAUAAAGAGGACAAGAAACGGCGACCACAGAGAAGGCAGGAAUUCGAAAAGCAGGACGAGGACGUUUAAUACCAAGAGCAUGGAGCCCCCGGUACUGUCUUUUUACGGCACCCAGCCGGUUCCCCUGCCCUCGCGGUUCGGCAGUCUGAAAAAGCGACUCGUAGCCGGCCACGAAUCGGCGCUCGAAGCGUCCUGGGGACGGCUGAUUGCCGCCCUGCGCGACGAGGUGAAGUACAUCGAGAAGAACGGCGCGGGACUGAUCCCGGAAAUCAACUUCACGGACAUCGACGACGACGCGAAAGUCGCGCCUUUCCAUGCCCAGCUGAAACGCCACGGCAUCGGCGUCGUGAAGGGCGUCGUGCCCGCGGCCGACGCGAGCACCUGGGUCGAGGAGACGAAGAAGUACCUCGAGAUGAAGCACGAGUACAAGCCGCCGCCGGCGCAGGACCCGACCUGCUUCGACUUCUUCUGGACGCCGGCGCAGGUGCGGUCGCGCGCGCACCCGCACGUGCUGCAGGCGCAGCGCUUCGCCAUGUCGCUGUGGAACACGAACAACGACGACCGCCUCGCCACGCGCUUCCCCAUCACCUACGCGGACCGCAUCCGGAUCGAGUCUUUUUCCAAUGGGAACCUGACCGUGAACGGGGCCGUGACGGCGGCGACGCACGAGGACAGCCUGAUCGCCGCCGCGGCCGCGACGUCGGCCGCGCAGAUCGCGCAGGUGGACAACGGCAGCCUCGAGCGCUGGGAGCAGGACGGGUACGGCCGCACCGGCCUCUACGACGCCAUUUUCAAGGGAGACUGGGAAUCGUACGACGCGUGGGAUCCGGCGGGCCGCAUCAACGCCACGUCCGACCUGUAUAACGGCGCGGGCGUGUGUUCCAUGAUGCGGCUCUUCCAAGGCAUCCUCGCGCUAACGGUGGUAGAGCCGGGCAUGAUCAGGCUCCUGCCCUCGCCGAAGCUAUCCACGGCGUACUUCCUGCUGCGCCCGUUCUUCACGGCGAAAGAGGGGCCGCCUCCACAGGGCGCGGGCGCCGAAGCGUGGGACAAGUACUUAGACGCGUCGAAUUGGACGCUGGAGAAGGAGCCGUCGACGAUAAUACACGGCGCGGUGCCGGGCCAUGCGCAGCGCGUGACGGCGGCGUGGCACCCGCACCUGCAGCUCGACAAGAGCCUGGUGACGGCGCCGACGCUGCAGGUCGGCGACUACAUCAUCUGGCACCCGGACCAGGCGUACCAGUUCUCCAACACGAACUACCGGACCAGCAGCCGGCCGCAGACCUCGUCUUCGUCGGGCGGCAGCACCACCGAGGGAGCUCCCGCAGCAACGAGCGAAGACAACACGUCCAUGCUGGUAUACACGCCGGCAGCGCCCCUAACGCAGACUAACGCUUUGUAUCUCGCGCGCCAGCGCAAGACCUUCCUGCGCGGGCACCCGGGCCCGGACUUCGACUCGACGGGGACGGGUCUCGGCAGCGAGGCGCCGCACACGGGACGCCUAGGGGAGAAAGACAUCCGCGGGGUCGGCGGCGAGGAGGGCCUGCAAGCGAUGGGUCUCGCGCCGUGGAACCUGAGCGGGAGCGGGGCGCAGAAGAGCAGCAGCAGCAGCCGGCGGCACGCGCACAAGCACUCGUCCUCGUCUCUUCCAAAGGAGAAGGACAAGAAAGACGCCAACGCCAACGCCAACGGGGACGUGGACAUGGACAUGGACACGUCGUCGCGGAGCAGCAGCCGCGACAGCCGGUCCAGCAGCUCCAGCAGCACGCAGGCCGAGGCCGAGGUCGUGCGGCUGGCCAACAUCAUCCUGUUCCCGGACCGGUACGACUUCUACAUGCCGACGCGCGCCAGCAGCCCCGCGUCCGCGUCAGCGAGCCGCGGCGACCGGGGCGAGAAGGAGAGGGAGCGCGAGCGCGAGCGCGAUCGCGACGUGAGGGAGCGGGAGAGCUCCGACCGGGAUAAGGAUCGGGAUAAGGCGACGGCCAGGGAUAGAGAUAAUAGGUGAAAAAUGCCUAGGUACCUAGGUACUAAGUAAACGGUAAAUGGUAAAUAGAGAGGCGAUGGGUGCGAGAAUAUGCAUAUCUAGGUGGGAAACUAUAAAACUCAUGGGAAUGGGAGAGGGGAUGUGUGGGUGAAAGAUUAGGGGCGCAUGAGCAAACUCUUAGCAACCUUGGAAGGGUAAUGAGCGAGCGAGCGAGCUACCGGCUACUACGUUUGAAGCUGUAUAUAAGUUACUAAACUCCCUCCGUCAAACAGGGACAUGCAUCAAGGGCUGUACGAGGUAGUCGAGAUAAAUAGGCCGAAGAACCAGCUGGGUCGAGUCGAGUUGGAAUUGAAAAGUUU